AUGGGCAAGCAACCCCAGGCAUCAGAUGCGAGCCAACAGAAACCUCAACAGCAGACCAACACGACUGAAUACCGCCAUCCCGCAUCCACUGGUGGCAACACUCGGUCAGUCGAUAGCAGCACAGACCCACAACUUGAAUCAGACUUUCUCGCCAACAAAGAUAGCUCAAAACGCAGACUUAUUUGGGUAGAAUACAAUCAUCGCGCCGAUAUUGUCGACAUUUUGCCUGGAGAUAGUAUUGGCAAGGUAUUGCAGCGUAUUCACGAGAGGUUUGGUCAUCAGCUGUCUUUUGCAGAUACUUCUCAGCUACGGAUAGGGAUCCCCAAAUCGUGGGUACCUGGUCAGACAAGAGAAUUUCCAGUUGAAAAUAAAACUAGUCCUGAUGGAUUAUAUUAUUCAUCAAAAGUCGGCACACCAAACGAAGCAUUUCGUCAAUCUGCAUUCCCAAAUGCAUGCGAUCCAAGCAAUGUGAAUGGGUCUACAGAUCCUUUAAUGGACGAGGAAAAAAAGUGCUACAAGCAAGAUCAUACAUCUUAUAAACAGUCGGUUGUGCAUUCUCCCUGCCAUCCACUUUCUGGGGAUAUAAAUCAAGCCGAAACACAUCCCAUUCUUGUCAUUCCAAAUCGUUUCCAGCAUGAAGGCGUGGCUAUUGGUGAAGUAUUUAAACAGAUUGUUGCUGAAAAUCCAAGCAGCGCAUCUACUUUAUCGUUACUGUUUAGCAGCACUUAUUUUCCAACAAUCAUACAUAUUUUGAAUACCCGCCAAGAAGCAUUUCAACUGUUUGUCGAUUAUUCCAACGUGCCAAAAUAUCCUGGAAUGCGUUUUCUUGACAGACCAUCCAAUUCUCAAGCAACUUUCAAUUCCGAUCAUGAGCUUACCAAGUUUUUCCAUAAUUUGCGUUAUGCAAAGCUUGAAGAUGAUGUUCUUUCUAUGCCACCUGGGACGUAUUUGCUUGGCGAUCCUUCAUUGGGAUCCAAACUUUAUACGCGACAAGUAUAUAAAGAACUUGCAUUGGGAAUUGAGCAGAGUAAGCCCUGGCAACGUGGGUUUGUAGUUACAGGAACACCAGGAAUGGGCAAAACAUUUUUUGGAAUAUGGAUGAUGUACCUUAUUGUCAAUGAUGUGAUUUGUCUUGGAAAUGAGGGACGUUUGGAUAGAUCGCAUAAUGACUUGAAUGUGUCAAAUGUGUGGAAUUCCCGACUCAGUCAAUCCAUUAAUCGAUCACAAUCUUUGAACAUAGUGCAUAAUGAUUCCGACAGCAUGGAUAGUAAAUGUGCAUCUCACGUUAAUUUCAUGGAAAGCAACGCCAGUGUCAAUCAUCAGCAUAGUAUCUGGAAUGAGGGCUCUCAAAUAAUUGGACAAAUGGAUUCUGAAAAUGGCGUGUAUACAACAGCUCCAGUGAUUAUCUUUGACUUGCAUUUGCGCAACGAGUUGAUUGUGUUUUCAAUGGAGGAUAGAUCGGUUACAAGUGGGUGGGCAAGAAACUCGUCCCAUCCGGCAUUUUACCAUUCUCAUGUGUGGUAUAUAUCUGACGGAGACAAGGCUCCGUUGAUGGUCCCCGCGCCUAUAGUGUCAGGUAUACAUGACGAUACAUCUUCAGUAGCUCCAUAUGUUUGUAUUCGUAAAUCAAUUCAUAUUACAUCAUCAGAUACGAUCCAACCCAGCGUGAUGCGAUUGCCAGGAAACACCGUUCUCACGAUGCCUGCAUGGACGUUUGCUGAACUCGAAAGUGCGUAUUUGGGAUGCUCAAACUACUCACUUUGUACUUCUUAUUCUGAAUUCACGGAAUUGGUUUACAAGUGGGGCUGCAACCCGUUGAUGGUAUUAACCCAGUCAAAAAAUCAAGAAAUACAGCAACUGGCACAAUCUUCACUCUUUCAAAUUGAUAUGGUGCGUGUUUUGCAUCGGCUGGUGGGACUUGAUAUGCCCGCUAGUCGAUCCAAUCUAACUUGCGUGGAUCCCCACACAGAUAUACAAUCAACAUAUCAUCAAGAAUGUGCUUCAGCCCAUUUAGUCGUUCAUGCAGUGACUGAUGCGCAGAAUUAUGUUUCUAGAUCUUAUCGAAUGGGAUCAGCCUAUAUUUCACAAGUUGCCGCACAUAAACUAUAUCGACCAGUAGGAUGGAAUGCAAUGGAUCUGACUAAUCUGGUACAUUCUGCUUGGCGAUUUGAGCAUGGAACUAAAGUUGAUCAGCAAUAUCCUCACUUGAGACAGGUUCGAAAAAUGCUGUAUAUGGGACAUAUUCACAAUACACUAUGUGAAGGCGGACAAUUUCCUAUUCGCCGGUUAUCUCCUGGUUUAAAAACUGUUUUGGCCACUCAGUUGGAAACUUCAACAAUCGCGUGUUUGCCAGACCAAUCCUAUGAUACUCAAAAAGCAUCUGUUGAUCAGCCCAUUAUACCACAGCUGAUACUAUCAGCAAGCGAUGGAACAACGGUCGAACCUGCCAACACCUAUUUUGAUCAAACUUCAUUUGACAUUACUAGCACUCAAAAACCGCCUCAUAGUAUCAGUAUUAACGAAUCUACCAUUACUAUUCCCCAUAUGUCUAGAUUUUUAUUUGAAUCAAUGCUUAGUUUGUCACAUACGGAAUACAAUAUCCCAAAAGUAUCACAGUUUUCGCCUGUAGAUUCAAUCUGCGCACCCAACAUACUAUUUUGUAUCUGUGUUAAUGAUCGCGGUCGAACCAUUCUUGUCGAUAAACUUCGUGAGAUGUACGUAGAGAGCUGCAAAGAUGAAGGGACACCUUCAUAUCCAAUAGACGGUGCUGACGCACUCACUUUUGAAGCAGUAAAGCCUGGCAUUCAUUCAAAUCUAAAAGAUAUGGAAAAGACACCACUUGGAAAUGAUGUAAACCAUACUCUUAAAUUGUUUUAUGUUGUGCCAACCACAGAUCUGUUUCAUAAUCUGGGACCACAGCAGUUCAAAGUGGAUGAAAAGUGGUUGAUGGAAGAGGCUGUAAUUUUGGAAUGGGCUGACAAACAUAUCGAGCAAUAUGUUCUCCAUUUGGGAAUAUAGUAAUUUAGCAUCUUGUUCGUUUAUACUUGAUUUUUUAAAUCUAUAAAUGAAAUUAAGCUUUCUAUUUCC